GCCUGAUUCACCACUCCAACUGCGCCAAGUCGCGGCCGGCCCUACGAUGGCCUUCUCCAUGAAGCUGAAAUCUGGCAAGAAAUCGUCCGUUCCACCUGUGUCUGCUGCGACUCAACGGUCGAGUUCGGUCUUUUCUAUUGACGAACCGCCUCCAGUGGUGACAAAAGGACCUUCCUCCCUUCCGCCACCGCCCCUCCUCUCGCAACCGCGACCCGGCGUGUACUCCAAGUCUGAACGCGUGGCGCAUGAAGCCUUGGCUGAUGACCCGAACGUAUUUGAUUAUGAUGGUGCAUACGACUCGAUUCAAGCUGAACGGCAGAAACUGAAGGAAGCAAAGAAGGUUCACGGAGCUCCUCAGUCGAAGUAUAUUGGAGCCCUCAUGGAGAAAGCCAAGAUUCGUGAAGUCGAGCACGAUCGAAUCCGAGAACGCCGCUUGCUCAAGGAGCGCGAAGAGGACGAUGCUCUCCAUGGAGACAAGGAGAAGUUCAUCACGGCGUCGUACAAGCGAAAGCUGAUGGAAUCGAAACGCUGGGAGCAGGAGGACGCGAGGCUUGCCGCGAUCGAAGCCGCAAACGACGUGACCAAACGAGAGCAUGGCAUGGCUGGUUUCUACGCGAACCUGUUGACGAAUAACAUUGCGAUGGGGGGCGAUGUUUCCAAAGCCACUAGUGCAUACACGACCGGCAAACUGUCCAUGAAGCGUUCAGACUCCCUGGACGCCACCAUCCCGCCAUCACCGAAGAAAUUGAAGGGCGAAGACAAACCAAAGGAAGUCAUGAAAGAGGUCUCUUCACCCAAAUCAGCUCCUGCAGCUACAAUUCAGCGAGUUAAUCGCGACGACCACACAAACGAGGCCUCAACAAAGGAACUGCCUGUCCCAUCACCAGCGCCAACGCAGAGCAGAGAAGAUGUCAUUCGAGCGGCUAAAGAAAGAUAUUUGGCCAGAAAGCAAGCAAUGCAGUCGUCUUGAUCAUCGAACCCCUCAAAUACAUGGGUAUACUUUCC